UCACACACUCGGUUUUCUCUUAAUUCCCCAAAAAUCCCUAAGACCCGCCAUCCUCUUCAACAAUGGGCGCUUCCGGCAGCAAGGAAAGGCGGAAGCCUUGCCACGAGGGGAGGAGCGUGAGGUAUCCGACGGAGAAGAUGAGGCUUCUCAACAGCGAGAGAGGAGCGGCGAUGGUGUUGGCGUGCAAAGAGGCGGAGUGGGCGAAGGAGAAGAGGAAGCUGAAGGAGGAAGUGAAGGCGUUGAGGAAGAUGGUGGAGGAGAAAGAGGAGAAGAUUAAGGGGAUGGAAAGGGAUUCGAUGGCGGUUCAGAAGAGUGAUAAGGGGUGGCCGUUGUUGGGGACGAGUUUCUUGUUGGAGCAGAUGAAGGAGGAGAGGGCUAGGAGAGAUGAAGUUGUGGAGAAAUGGAAGCAACUGUAUCUUGCCAUUAAGACCGAGCUUGAUGAUCUUAUUCAAAGAACUCAUGGGGAUGCAAUCUAUUGGAAGGUAGAGGAAGAGGACAUGAUAGAAGAGAUGAAGGAGGAACUCAAGAUCAAGGAAGAGACCAUAGAAGCCAUGAGAGCUCGAAUAGCUUCAAUGGAGAAGGAAGGGUUUGAGAGGAAACGAGAGAUGGACAUUCUUAAGCAGAGCCUGAGGAUUUUGGACAGCAAGAUGAAUGCAGCUUAUACCACCAAUAAUAAGAUUUCCACCACUCUUGGUCAGUGUUUGUGAAAUCUCACUACUGUAUUUCAU